AUGUUGUCAACAUUUAUUACAAAAUCUUUAAAUCCAUUUCAAAUUAAUAAUGGAAUAAUAUCAAAUAUUGUAUUUAAAAAUACUAUUUAUACUUCAUUAAUAUCAUUGGCAGUUACUCAAAAAAAUAAAUCUGAUAUAUUUAAAAAAAGUAAUUUAAAUGUUGGCACAAUAGGUCAUAUUGAUCAUGGAAAAACAACAUUAACAUCAGCUAUUACAAGAGUUUUAUCAGAAAAAGGAGGGGCUAAAUUUUUAAAAUUUGAAGAAAUUGAUAAAAGUAAAGAAGAAAAAAAAAGAGGAAUUACAAUAAAUGCUGCUAAUGUUGGAUAUGAGUCACAGAAACGUCGAUAUGCUCAUACUGAUUGCCCAGGUCAUAAAGAUUUCAUUAAAAAUAUGAUAUGUGGUACAUCUCAGAUGGAUGUUGCUAUUUUAGUUAUUGCUGCAACAGAUGGAAUUAUGCCUCAGACAAAGGAACAUCUAAUUUUAGCAAAACAAAUUGGUUUAAAAAAUAUUAUUGUAUUUAUUAAUAAAGCAGAUUUGGUUGAUGAUGAUAUUCUGGAGUUAUGUGAAUUGGAGGCACGUGAACUAUUGUCACAUAAUGGUUUUGAUGGUGAUAAUGCUAAAGUUAUUAGAGGAUCAGCAUUAUCUGCUUUGAGUGGUACUGAUAAAACAAGUGUUGAAGAUCUCAUAAAUGCUUUAGAUGAUAUUCCAGAUCCUGAAAGAGAACAAGAUUCAAAUUUUCUUUUACCAAUAAUGCAAAAAGUUAAAAUUCAAGGAAGAGGUACUGUUGUAAUUGGUACAUUAGAAAAAGGAACAAUUAAAAAAGGUGAUCCAAUUCAACUUAUAGGGUUAGAUAGAGAUGUUAAAGCUGUUGCUUCAGAUAUUCAUGUAUUUAAUAAAUCUGUUCCUUCAGUUUCAGCUGGAGAACAUUGUGCCAUAUUAUGUAGAGGAGUCAAAGCAGAUGACGUUCGAAGGGGAAUGUGGCUUGGUACUCCUGGUUCUAUAAAAACAACAAAUUUACUUAAAGCUGAACUUUAUUUAUUAGAUGAAAGCGAAGGUGGUAGAAAAGUUGGUAUAAGAACAAAUUAUUCUGACACAGUAUUUUGUUCUACAUGGGAUCAAGUGGGACGUUUUCAUAUUUCAAAAGAUAUGGUAAUGCCUGGAGAACAUACAACAGCUCAUAUACUAUUUCUAAAACAUGUACCAGUAGAAAAAAAUAUUUCAUUUACUUUAAGAGAAGGAAUGAGAAAUUUGACAAUUGCUCGCGGUAUUAUAACUGAUAUAUUAAAGCCAGUUGACAUUGAUUCAUUUCAUAAAAUUGAUAUGAAUGAGAUAGUUAAAAAUGCUACAUCAUUAUAA